UGUGGGUGAUUGGAGGGACUUCUGCAGUUCCCAGGAGCUGGCAGCCAUGUUCACAAGCGAGUCCAGAGGAAAGCAGGGCCAGGGAGAGGCAUGCUGCUGCAUUGCUGAGGGCUGCCUCUCCACUGCUCAUACAGUGCAUUGUGGGAUAUGGGAGGACUUCUUCCUCCCAAUCCCAUUUCAUGAGGUUGCUGCCAUGCUGGUCGUGUGGGUGCACGAGCGACAGAGCCCAUAGGAGGCUCUGAUAGUCUGGGGGAAGGCAGGAUCCUACCUGCCUUCCCCAUAGCUCACCCUACUUUAGUCAUGUGUAUGGCCUCAGUGAGUGAGUGAGAUUUGGGGGGAGGAGGCGACUUUGACUGCGCUUCACCCACUGCACACCACAGGAAGAGACAGCAUAUUACUUCCCCACCGCAGGGGCUUGGGCUGCAACUGUGUUCAUCUUGGGUUGUGUUCAUUAAAUUGCAUUGCAGGAGACAAAUUUGGAGGGCAAUCGGUAUGGGAGAAACAGCGUUGGUUCCAGCAUUCCUGGUGUUUUUCUGCCUCACUUUCUCUCCAGGUCAGUAUCUUGUACAACAGCUCCAAAAAGAUGGUUCCCAACACGGCUUGGAGCUGGCCUUUGUUUGGAACCGGGAUGCCAGCAAGUUGGAGGGGACGGUGCCAGCGGAGCUGCAGUUGGGAGACCUGACAGAUUUCUUGGAGCGCCGUGCUGAUAUCAUUGUUGAAGUGGCCCAUCCCUGCAUUGCCCAGGACCAUGGAGAGUCCUUCCUUAAAGCGGCAGAUUUCAUGGUGGGGUCACCAACAGCUCUGGCAGAUUUCGGCACAGAGCUUAAACUGCGCGAAGCGGCAAGACAAGCUGGGCACACUCUGUAUAUCCCCAGUGGGGCUCUAUGGGGUGGGCAAGACAUCCAAAGGCUGCAUGAUGGAGGGAUGCUCCAGGCCUUGACCGUCACCAUGGUGAAACAUCCAGACAGUUUCCGGCUGGGGGGGCACCUGGGAGAGCUUGUGCAGGGGGCCCAGCAGGAGCGCAAGGUGCUCUAUUAUGGCCCCGUGCGCGGACUGUGUCCCCUGGCCCCAAAUAAUGUCAACACCAUGGCGGCCGCCUGUAUGGCCGCCCCCAGCCUGGGAUUUGAUGGCGUAAAAGGCUGUCUCGUAGCUGAUCCUAACCUCCCUGACUAUCACGUGGUGGAGAUUGAGGCAACCGGGCCAGGUGGAUUCUCCGUCAGCACCAGGCGCAAGAACCCUGCUGCCUGCGGGGCUGUCACGGGGGCGGCCACCUUUGUGGCUUUCUGGAGCAGCUUAUUGGUAUGUCAGGGCCAUGGAGGCCGAGUCUAUCUUUGCUGAGCCCUAGUGUCUCCCUAUAUUCUCAAGAGGAUACAGAAAAGAUACCUCUUGACUGUGGCAAUGACAGAGAUUGAGAAGGCAGGAACAGACAGCAACAGCUGGUUGAAGAAGAUGGAUAAGCUUUCCCCUGUAUCUUGCUGCUUGUCAUCAAUCCAACAAUUCUACAGGCAUCCAUCUAGCAAUGUCUGCAACUACCACUCCAUCUAAUUCUGAAAUGCUGGCCUUUCUCCACAACUAGGAAGGAACAUUUGACUGUGCAAAAAAAGAUUCAGCCAACCAGCCACUAACAUAUUGGUUAAAUACUGACCACCUAAUAGUCAAGCAUUUUAAAAAUAUUUGCUUUAUUCAAACAACAAAAAAGGUAUUUUUAUUUAUCAACAGCUUUAAUACCUGUGCUCUUGACAGAAAGGCACUAGGUUGGUUCUCAUGAUGAUUCUGCCACCAAAAGUCAGGAGGAGGAGGAGGCAUGGCGUUUCCCCAGCAGGAAGUUAAGUUGUUAUUUACGUACCGUGUUUCCCCGAAAAUAAGACAGUGUCUUAUAUUAAUUUUAGCCCCCCAAAAUGCACUAGGGCAAUUAGCAGUACAUCAGAAAUUGCUGCUAGGUCUUACUUUCGGGGUAGGUCUUACUUUCGGGGAAACAGGGUAGUAACCACCUUAGCCUCAUGGAGUAUUUGGUCAUGGUCAAAUACUGUAUUUACCCGAAUAGAAGACUAAAGGAAAGGAAAGGAAAGGAAAGGAAAGGAAAGGAAAGGUUGUGCCAUUGAGUUGGUGUUGACUCCUAGCGAUCGCAUAGAUUUGUCUAUCCAUGUGAUUUUCUUGGUCUCAGGAGUGGUUUACCAGUGCCUCCUCCCUCACAGUAUGAGAUGAUGCCUUCAGCCCCUUCCUGUAUCUCUGCUGACUAAUAUAGGUGACUACAGAUAUAUUUACUAGGCACAGUCUGGGAAGCACACCAGCAGGGAUUUGAACUAAUAGCCUCUUGCACUCUAGGCAAGCUGCUUCUCCACUGUACCAUCACAGCUGAACCUCCUUAAAAAAUAGGUUAAAUACCGGUAUUGACCCAAAAGGAAGAGGACCCUGAAUUUAAGAUUACUCUCCAAUUUCUAACAUCAAAGAACUGGGGAAAACCUUGAGGCUGUUCUCAUGCACAGCCCAAUCCAGGCGCAGCCCAACUCAGGUAAAAGCGCUCCCUUACUCUCGGCUACCUGCUCGUGUGCGAGUAGGGGCUGUUUCCAGCAUGGCCACACACAGAGAUGGGAGCUCUCUCAGGGGAAUCCACCAAAUGCAUCGCACAUGUCACAUGGUGCAUUUUGGGAUUCUCGGAGGCCAGGAUGAGGACCGACCUCAGAUCAGUCCUCCCUGUACCACACUGCAAGGAGCAGGGCUGAUUGUGUGGGACAACAGAACACACUCUCACUAGGCAACGAAGGAUCGUCUGGGGGGAAGGCAAGGUUUGGGAAGCCUGCCCGCCUGCCUAGUAGGUUGUGUGAAUUGCCCCCUUGUCUUGGAUUCAGGCUUGUUCUCCAGAACGACAGCCAGCUAGGAAGAGCAUCCAGCCCGCUUCAAGCCCUGUGUGCGCUCCUGAAAAACAGUCAUGUGUUGGCAGAAACUGAAAUGGGAGGAGGGAAAGUGACUGUGUACUAGCCACGAACUGGGUAGGACAGCGGGGCCAACCAACCUGGUUUACCCAGCAUUGUAUCACGGGUGGUGGGAAAGCAUGUCCUACACUGUUCUAUCCAGAUCACAGCCACGAUCACUUCCCCCUCCUCCCACCUUGAUUUUUGCCAAUUCACGACCAUUCUCUGGAGCACACACAAGGCAUGGAGCCUGGCUGGAUGCUCCUCCUACCCUGAGUUUGAUCUUGAGCACCUGCCUAGAAUUUGGUCAACUGACAAACAAGCCCGUUCAAUCCCCAACCCAUCCAGUUUUCAUUCCAUCCAGUCCUCUGAUCUUCCUCCCACUAUCCAUCUGCACAAAACAUCUUAAGACUACAAUGUUAUACACACUUCCUUGUUGGGAGCAAGUCAGAAUGCUCAUUAGAGACAAAUCUCAAGAAAGCCUUUCUUGUAAUACAAGGAGGUUUUAGAAGAACAUCUAUUCUCCAUCUUUUCUCCUGGCCUCUUUCUUUUUGUAGUCAUUAAACUUUAAUUUGCAUUUGUA